CUUGGAGCAGCACAUGAUCAUCCACACGGAAGAAAGGGAAUACAAGUGUGACCAGUGUCCCAAGGCCUUCAACUGGAAAUCCAACUUGAUCCGUCACCAGAUGUCGCACGACAGUGGCAAGAGAUUCGAGUGCGAAAACUGCGUGAAGGUUUUCACGGACCCCAGCAACCUCCAAAGGCACAUUCGCUCCCAGCACGUCGGCGCGAGGGCGCACGCAUGUCCGGACUGCGGGAAAACCUUCGCCACUUCUUCUGGCCUCAAACAGCACAAACACAUCCACAGCACUGUGAAGCCUUUCAUAUGCGAGGUCUGCCACAAAUCCUACACGCAGUUCUCCAACCUCUGCAGACACAAGCGCAUGCACGCCGACUGCCGGACCCAGAUCAAGUGCAAGGACUGCGGUCAGAUGUUCAGCACCACCUCCUCGCUCAACAAACACCGGCGGUUCUGCGAAGGCAAGAACCACUAUAACCCCGGAGGCCUUUUCGCACCAGGUUUGCCUCUGACGCCCAGUUCUUUGAUGGACAAGUCUAAGACGUCGCCCAGCCUCAAUCAUAGCGGACUCGGCUUCGGCGACUACUUCCCCGCCCGGCCGCACCCGGGAGCAAUUCCGUUCUCGCCCGCUCCCCCUUCAUUCCCAGCUCUCGCCCCUGGGUUCCCGGGGAUCUUCCCUCCCUCACUGUACCCCAGGCCUCCUCUCUUGCCCCCCGCGCCCCUGCUCAAGAGCCCCAUCAACCACACCCAAGAGGCCAAGCUCCCCAGCCCUCUGGGCCACUCUCCGCUCCCGCUGAUGUCCGCCAUCGGCAACAGCGGCCACCCGCUCCACGUGGAGGAGAGGUUCAACAGCGCCCCUUUGGGGAACUCCUACUUGGAGAAGCUCAAAGCUAGGACUAGCGACCUGUCGGACGCCAGCGACUUCGAGGACAUCAACACCACGACGGGCACCGACCUGGAGACCACCACCGGCACCGGGUCGGACUUAGAGAGCGAUGCGGAGAGCGAGCGAGAGAAAACGAAGGAGAAAAGUAAACCCGGGGAGAGCAAGGCGGAUUUCGGCAGCGGUUCGGCCCCCACCGGUUCUGCCAACAGCACGAGCGACCUCCCCAUCUUCUACUCCCAGCACUCCUUCUUCCCUCCCCCCGAGGAUCAGCUGCUGCCGAUGAUGGGGGCCACGAACGAUUCCAUCAAGGCCAUCGCUUCCAUUGCCGAAAAGUACUUCGGGCCCGGGUUUAUGGGUAUGCAGGAGAAAAAAAUGGGGGCCCUUCCCUAUCAUUCCAUGUUCCCGUUCCAGUUCCUUCCCAACUUCUCCCACUCGGUUUACCCGUUCACGGAGCGGACCCUCAACCACAGUUUGCUGGUCAAAGCCGAACCAAAGUCGCCCCGGGACCUGCACAAAAUCGGUGGGGCCUGCUCGGAGUCGCCCUUCGACCUCACCACCAAGCCGAAAGAAAGCAAAGCGGCCCACGUCCUCCCUGCUCGUCACGGCGGUGAGGAGCAGCCCCUGGAUCUCACGAUCAGCAGCCGCAUCCGGGCCAGUCAUCACGGGAGUCGGGAUGCCCGGAAGAACCACGUCUACGGCGAGAGGAAGCUGGCGGCCAGCGACGGCGUCCCCAAGAUGAACCAAGCUCAGAUGCUCCCUCAGCCUUCCCUGCAUUACGCCAAGCCCUCCCCUUUCUUCAUGGACCCUAUCUACAGCAGGGUGGAGAAGCGGAAAGUGGCUGACUCAGUCGGAGCAAUAAAGGAGAAAUACCUGAGGCCCUCCCCGUUGCUUUUCCAUCCUCAGAUACUGUGGUAAAAUCUUCCCGCGUUCAGCCAAUCUAACCAGACAUCUCCGAACACACACAGGGGAACAGCCUUACCGGAGAGUAAGCCAGCAUGCCGGAGUCAUUGCAAACCACUUGGGGAACAACGCAUCUUCGCCCGCCUCCGAAUCGGAACACCAAGCACUUUUAGACGAGAAAGAAGACGCCUAUUUCUCUGAAAUCAGAAACUUUAUUGCCAAUAGCGAGAUGAACCAGUCGACGGCUUUAGCGGAGAAAAGGCCCGAAAUCCAGAACGCCGACGGCGCCACCCACGGUCUUCCGAACGACAAAGUAGAAGAUGUCGACGAGGAAGAAGAUGAACUGGAAGAGGAGGACGACGACAGCCUGACGGGGAAGUCUCAAGACGAGACGGUGUCGCCCACCGCCGAGCCACAAGGAGGGUAUGAGGAUGAGGAGGAAGAGGAGGCCGCGUCCCUCACCAUGAGCUUUAACCGUGCCCAGAGGUGUACUGAGGAGAACGAAGUCGGCUUGUUAGAUUUGGAACAGAUGUCGGAAUUUGGGAAGGGGCUGGACUUCCGCCAGGCCUCCGAGGAAGCUUUUGACGUUAAAGCUGUCUAUAAUUCCACCUUAGAUUCGGAGGCACUAAAACAAACUCUGUUCAGGCAGGCCAAAAACCAGGCUUACGCAAUGAUGUUGACUCUUACCAAGAACACCCCCUUCCAUCCUUCCUCCCAGAACCCCCUGGACGCCUGGUUGAACAUGGCUGGAGCCGCUUCUGAGCCAGGAACCUUCAACGCCGUCAGCCACCUCUGAGACCCUCAAGGAGGCAGCCCCGCCAGGAUCCCAGCGCGGGAGGCCGAGGUGCCCGCCCGUUGGCCUUCUCAGCUCUCCCGGCGAGUGGAAGAUUGGCAGAAGGACCCCCCCUGGGGCAGGAGAAACCCGCCAUGGACAGCUCCCUGUCCCAUCGGUCAAGCCCACCCACCUCGCCGUCACGUCGCACCAGGCGGGAGAACGUUGGCUUCCUGUGAGGGACACGCCAGGUGGAGGACCCACCACACCCCAUCCUGACCCCUCUCCAUGUUAUAGACCAUGUUGCUGAGCCAUCAAAGAUGCACUUGUCCCCAGACCCCAACCCUUCUCCCCGUGAAGCCCCCAGGCCCACCUGUCCAGGACUGCGACCAAGAUGGUGACCUUCUACCCAAGACACUCUCGCGAUAAGGACCAUGUUGACUCUCUCUGUUGUUCUCCUCGCCUGAGGUCCACGUGCAUCCAUCGUACCCCACUUUUCCUCCAGGGAUUUCCUGCAAAUUCCACAUUUCCCGUAUCUGAUGGACAAUGGCCCAGUCUUUUCUCGCAGCCCUUCAAUUUUCUACCUAGGCUUCAUGAAGCAGACUCUUCUCACUGCUUCCUGUACCUGGUGUCUUCUGAAUCGAGGGGCCCGGGACGAUGGGCUGGGUAGAGAGCUUGUUUUUUAGGGUGUUUCGACUACCUAAAUUAAUCCUCUCCCAUCGAUCUCAAAUAAAAGCGAAGGCAACGUUCAACUCGGCCAGUGAGAGAACCACGAGUUUCACUGUGCCGAACUUUACCUUGGAAUUUUUCAAAUUUCCAACCUCGUUACCCCUGCAAAAUAAGAUUUAUUUUUCCUCCUGGCACUUUGGAAUUUCUUUGGAAUUUCCUCCAGAGAUGUUCUGGAUCAGGUAGUGGUUCUUCGAAAUUUUUUGUUCCCUGUCUGGGCAUUCUCCCUCCCUUAAAGGAGGAUUAAAAACCUUGAGCAUUUCAGCCACGAUAAUCAGCAAACGUUCUGCGAAAAUUCUUCUUCUUCUUUGGGCAAAAAAAAAAUAAUAAUAAAUAAAAAUAAAAUAAGACCGACCAAAUUGUCUUGCAUCCCAC